AUGAUUCUCUUCUCUUCUUAUGCCAUCCACUGGCUUUCUAGAGUGCCAAAGGAGGUGAUGAACAAGAAUUAUCUUGCAUGGAAUAAAGGCCGGAUUCAUUACUCGAGUUCUGAAGAUGAUGUAGUUUGGGCUUAUAAAGCUCAGUUUGAUAAGGAUGUAGAGCAAUUUCUACAGGCCAGGGCACAAGAGAUUGUUUGUGGAGGAUUGAUGGCACUCAUUCUUCCUAGAAUUCCCAAUGGAACUCAUCACUCUCAAAAUGGAUCAAGUAUGAAUUUGCAGCUUCUUGGAUCUUGCCUCAUGGACUUGGCAAGGAUGGGAAUGGUUAGUGAGGAGAAAGUAGACUCUUUCAAUAUACCAACUUAUCACUUGUCUCCCCAAGAACUAGAAGCUGCUGUUGAAAGGAAUGGUUGUUUUAGCAUAGAGCGAAUGGAAGACCUGCAUGUUCUUGUAUCAAGUAACUCUGGUAACUAUAAAAUUAAUGGCCAAGUUGUUGCAUCUCAUUUGACAGACGUCAUGGAAGAGAUAAUCAAGCAGCAUUUUGGUGAAAAGAUCUUGGAUGUGCUCUUUGACUGCUAUCGGAAGAAAUUUGAUGAGAAUUUUUCCAUUUUUAAGUUAGGAAAAGUAAACAACUUCUUUUUCCUCCUUAAAUGCAGAGCAAUGGACUAG